AUGGAGGCCUCCGACCAGGAGCGAGGCUCCCAACAGCUGGAUUUAGAGGCGAUAACUAGGAAAAUUUCACUUCUGGACAAGUGGAGGGAAAUCUUUAGUUUCCACAGGUUGGGAACCAGUAAUACCGCUCCUCAGGACCCUGACGGCAGCCGCGUGUUUGCUGAUGAAAGUGAAGAUGGAGCAUGCGCACCUCAGCCCAGGGGACAAGGGCAUUUGCCAUCAGGUCACCUUUGUUGUGUUCCCAAGGCUUCUAUCAUCUCUUCCAGAUCCGCCGGCUCUCCCAUCUCCCGAGCUAUGGCCGCGAAGCUGCGCCAGAGUCUGUUUGCAAACACAGGCCACAUCUUCAGCCGCGACUGGAGAAGGGCCUGUUUCAGCUUCCACGAUCCUUUCUCUGACCUGGCUUUCGCUUUGGAGGCAGGAAAGGGAGGCGCCCGGAGCAUUCAGAUGGCUGUACAAGGAUCCAUCCUCAAAUACUUGUUGUUUGCCAGGAAGGGGAUAGACUGCAACUUGCCCAGCUUAUGUGCAGUGAGCCGGCAGGAGCAGGGGCGGGCCCUGGCUGCUGCGCUCGCUGGCAUCCUGUGGGCUGCAGGAGCGGCUCAGAAGGCCACAAUCUGUCUCGUCACUGAGGACACUUACGUCACCUCGACUCCUCGCUGCUCUGGGGAUGACUUCACAGAGCAGCUCCAGCUGUUUGAGCUUUUAGAGCAAGAAGCCACUGAGAGAUUCAUCUAUGAUCAUUUACAGUGUUUCAAAGGGGAAGGAAGCCAUGGUGUCAUCCUGUUUCUUUACAGCCUCAUCUUCUCCAGAACAUUUGAAAGGCUCCAGAAGGACCUAGACGCCUCCACGCCUCAUCUCUUACGACCACAUGCUGGGGGCUUCCUGUGCAGGCAGGCAGUUUUGAACAUGAUUUUAACUGGAAGAGCCAGUCCAAAUGUUUUUAACGGCUGUCAGAAAGGAGAGUCUCAAGAGACGCUACACGGAGUCCUGACCCGCAGUGACGUCGGCUAUCUGCAGUGGGGCAGGCACGCCUCGGAGGGGGACAGGCUUCCACAGGUGGGCAGCAUGCUGAAGACUCCCCGAUUCCCUAUUUGGCUGUGCAGCAUCAAUGGAAAUUACAGCAUCCUUUUUAGCACCAACAGGCAGCUCUUAUCAGACUGGAAAAUGGAGCGUCUCUUUGACCUGCACUUCCUCAGUGGCCAGCCCUCGCAGAAGAAGCCUGUGCUUCUUACUGUAGAUACUCACUCUCAUCACUGGGAAAGGGACCCACGUGAAGAUGAACACAGACCAGGAAGACACUUUUCUCCAGUGGAGAUGGCCAUCAGAACCAAGUGGAGAGAGGCCACCAUCAACUGGAACGGAACUGUUCCCUUUUUCUAA